AUGUCUGUCUAUGAUGCGCGGCAGAGCAGCAAGUUGGGGGAAGCCACAAGUUCUAGAGCCCAAAGUUUGAGAAAAGCCUCACCUCUAGAAGUCGAACAGGAUUUAGUGGGGAUUGAGAAGAAAGUGAAUUCUUUAAAGGAAUUAUUAUUGGAUGGAGAGGAACAACUCUCUGUGGUUUUCGUGGUUGGCAUGGGCGGUGUUGGUAAGACAACUCUUGUAAAGAAACUCUAUAAUGGAGAAGAUAUAAGGCUACACUUCAAUUAUUUUGAUUGGGUAAGUGUAUCUCAGAAUUACAGCAUAAUUGAGAUACUUCGUGGCAUGAUCAGUAAGGCUGUAGGUUCACCUGAGGGCCUACAAAUUAUGAGUGAACAAAGGUUGAAGGAAGUUUUGUAUACUCAUUUGAGGACAAGGAGGUAUUUAAUAGUGUUGGAUGAUAUAUGGGAUUUCCAAGCAUGGGAUUCUCUAAGAGAAGCUCUACCUGAUGUGAACAAUGACAAUAGGGUUUUAAUAACAACUCGAAAUAGGGACCUGGCCAAGAUGGUGGAUAGAAGCACCAUCCAUUAUCUUGAACCACUGCCAGAAAAUGAGAGUUGGGAGUUGUUCUGCGAAAAGGUUUUUGUGAAAAACAAUGAAAAAUGUCCCCAAUAUUUGGCAGAUAUUAGCAAUGGCAUUGGGGAUAGAUGUGGAGGGACAGCAUCGGAAUGGCAGAAAGUGCUUGACGGCUUCAGCUAUUAUCAAGAUAGAGGUAAGAUCAAAAUCUCUGAGAUACUAGCAUUAAGUUAUUUUGAUUUACCCUACUACCUUAAACCAUGUUUCUUAGUUUUAUCUGGUUAUCCGGAAGAUUACAAGAUCAGAAGGACGAGAUUAAUACAAUUAUGGGUGGGUGAAGGGUUUAUUGAAAAGAGAGGAGAUGAGAUAUUAGAAGAUGUGGCAGAGGACUACCUUGAAGAAUUGGUAAGUCUAUAAUACAGGUGGAAAGUAUGAGCUCAAGUGGACACGUCAAAUCUUGUGUUAUGAAUGACCUCUUACGUGAUAUGGGCUUAAGAAUUGCCCAAGAGCAGAACUUCCUUGGGGUGGUUGCAAGUAAAGAUAUCAAGGACCCGAUGUCUUGCCUCAUAUCGAGGAAUUGAUGGCCAUGUUUCAUUCCAUAAAUCUCCUUCUAAAAUUCGCUCAUUCCUUUUUUUCUCAUGUUUAACAUUGCCAUCCGUUUCCAAACACUGUUUAGACAAUGCUAAGCUAGUUCGGGUAUUGUUACUUGAGGAUAUUAGUGUUGAAUGCUGAUUAAAAGAAUUGGGAAGUUUGGUUCUUCUUAGCUUCUUGAGAAAUCUUCAAUACUUGCAAGUGCUUGACUUGAGGGUUGAAGAUUAUACUUAUGGUAGGAUUUAUAAAGGCUUAAAUUGGAGUUGGAGCCUAGAGUUGCCAAGUUUGAGAGACCUUUAUGCAAAUGAUAUGCUUAAAUACUCGCAACCAAUGCAUUUAAAGGCAGGGAGUUCGAGAUGCCUCCCAACGUUGUGGACACAUGGUCUUGGCUUCUUACGAGAGCCAUUGGGCAAUUUCUCGAAACUCAAGAAAGUACGUAUUUUCGAUAUGGUGGACGAAGACAUUAGAUCAAUCUACGGGUCCAUUAGGCAGCUAAAAUGCCUGCGUUCUUUGUCUCUACAUGCAAAGCGUGGAACAAUGCAAAAUUUGGAGGCAAUUUCAAG